CUCGCGUGCCCUUCUCCGCCGGCGCCUGGCUGCAAAAGCGCCUUCUCGAUGUACUUCGGGAGAGGCGGUGAAAGCCCAGGCAACAGCAGAAAGCCUUGGUGCCUUCUCUGCCAUCUCUUCUGUGUGGUGAAGUGAAAAGAGGCGCCAUGCAGCCAGCACAGUAUUGGGUGUCCUUCGAAGAGGUAGCUGUGCAUUUCACCCAAGGGGAGUGGAGCUUGCUGAGACCAUCCCAAAAAGCUCUGUACAAGGAAGUCAUGCUGGAGAAUUUUGGGCACGUGGCCUCUCUGGGACCUCGGAUUGCCAAGCCUGACCUCAUAUCCUGGCUGGAAGAGCUGUUCCUUGUGAUCUCUGAUGAAGAGGAAGGAUUAGCAGCAGGAGGCCUGUGGGGAUCAGCGAAUGGAAUGAAAGAACAGCCAGUGGAGGAAAAAGAGGAUGCAUAUUCAAAUGAGAACAAGAAGGUGGAAUAUUGUCAUGCACUGAGAAAGGAAGAGGGAAGAUAUUCUUAUGAAGGCAGGACUACAUCUGGUCUUGUGGAGGGGGGUGACUCUAUACUGCAAAAAAUCUACAAUAAGGACAAUAGGAAUGAAUUCAUUGCUAGCAGGAAAACUUUUCAUGAAAAAACAGAUCCUAAUAUUCAAUGGCCCUAUUUUAACAUAGAGAAGAUAAAUAAAUGCCUAGAAUGUGAAGAAAACAUAGGGCAGAAAGAUAGCCUCAUUACCCAUCAAAGGUUUGACCCAGCUGAGAAAAAAUAUAAAUGCCUAGAGAUUGGGGAAAGCUUCAGCCAGAGUGGAAAUCUUAAUUCAUAUCAAAGUAUUCACACAAAGGAGAAGGCAUAUCAAUGCCUGGAGUGUGGGAAAUGCUUCAAAGACAGAGGACGUGUUCAUUCCCAUCAUAGAAUCCAAACAGAGGAGAAGCUAUAUAAAUGCCCAGAGUGUGAAAAAAGCUUCAGGCGGAGUAGAGAUCUUACUGCCCACCAAAGAAUUCACACAGGGGAGAAACCAUAUAAAUGUUUGCAAUGUGAAAAAGGCUUCAGGAGGCGUGGAGAUCUUAUUGUCCAUCAAAGAAUUCACACAGGGGAGAAGCCAUAUAAAUGCCUGGACUGUGGAAAAAGUUUUAGUAAUUACGGAAACUUUAAUCCUCAUCAAAGAAUUCACACAGGAGAGAAACCAUAUAAAUGUCUGGAGUGUGGUCAAAGCUUCCGUCAGAGUGGAACCCUUAAUUCUCAUCAACAAAUUCACACACUGGAAAAACCAUAUAAAUGCCCAGAAUGUGAAAGAAGCUUCAGGCGGAGUGGAGAUCUGACUGCCCAUCAAAGAAUUCACACAGGGGAGAAACCAUAUAAAUGCCUGGAGUGUGGAAAAAUCUUCAGGAGGAAUGGAAAUCUCACUGCCCAUCAAAGAAUUCACACAGGGGAGAAACCGUAUAAAUGCCCGGCGUGUGGAAAAAGCUUCAGGUGGCAUGGAGAUCUUACUAUUCAUCAACGAAUUCACACAGAGUGAAAACCAUAUAAAUGAGUGGACUGUGGGAAAAACUUUAGUGAUGAUAGAACCUUUAUUCAGCAUCAAAGAAUUCACAUAGGGGAGAAAACAUAUAACCUCCUAGAGUGUGGGUGAAGGUUCUGAUAGAGUGGAAGCCUUAAUUCUCAUUAAAGAAUCCAUAUAAAUGCCUGGACUGUGGAACAAACUUUAGUGAUAAUGGAAACCUUAAUUGCCAUCAAAGAAUUCACACAGAGGAGAAACAGUAUAAAUGUCUGGAGAACUGAAGUCUUUGGUCAGAGUUAACACCUUAUUUCUCUUGAAAGAGUACAGACAGAGUGGGGGAGUGUCAUACCCAGAGGCCUUCACUCCCACCUCAAGCGCAUUCAGGUUCCCCCUCAGACCAGCUCAUUCUCCAUGUGAUCUCGGUUUUAUGCUCACAACAACAAUCCUACAAAGCAGAUUAGGCUGAGAGGGUGGGACUGGGAUAAAGUCAGCCUGCCACCUUCUGUGGCAGGGUGGAGAUUCAAUCCUGGGUCUCUUAGAUCCCAGCCUGACACUCUAACCACUAUUCCACACGGGCUCUGCCAGGCUAGCUUUUUCACAGAGGGAAUAUUUUCCAUCCUCCAUGUCUGUGCUGCCAGCACUUUCCUGGCUUCUCAGGAGUAAACCUUUGUUUCCAUUGCAAAUAACAGAGGGAUGUUGUGAAGUUAGUGCCAAGAAGUUCUGGUUCAUUUUUGGCACUGCAAGUCCCACCAUCUUCCUGAUUGGGUGGCCGAUAUGGAGACCCCUAGCUUUAUUUUUAGAUGUGUCAUAUAUGCCAUUUGUAUUGUGCUUUUGCUUCCUGACUCUCUUUUUUGCUAUUUUCCUCCCACCUUCUGACUGGGAUAUAAGUGCUCAGGAAUCUCAACUUGUUCUUGUAUCUGACAAAGGGAGCCUGAAUCUUGAUAUCUUACACCCUGGAAAUGUUGGUUUUUAAGGUUUUACUGGAUGUCUCUGGUCAGGCUUGAUUCAGGUAUAGGUGUGCAGUUAAGAAGUCCUGGGCAUCUAGUUAGCUUUUCUAUAUCAAAUCAUUUAACUCCUGGCAAGAGGUACACCACCGUAAUGUCAUAGGUUUGUUACCAAGUGUUGUACACAAGUAAUACUAUUACGGAGUUCCAUUUUAAGUCUUUAGUAUUACAAAAUAAUCAUUCAGUAUUCUUAAUAUCAACUCAAUCAGUAGAAAAUCAUUCCACCCAUUAAUACUUCAUUUCCAUUAUUACUUACUUCAUUAAGGGAGAGCAAUUACACAAGUCCAAAAAACUAUCUUCCCCAAAGAUAGAAAGUUCACAGGCAUGGAGCCCCUUCUAACAAGAAGCUCUCUGUCAGUUUGGCUGGUCACAUUUAUAGGAUUUCAGCAUCUUCUCUUGAUAUGAGUUAGAUGGUUCUUCCAAUCUACAUAUGGCAAUACAGUUGUGGAACUCUAUAGUUUUAUGCCCAUCUCCAAGGUGGUUUUAUUCUCAGUCUCUGGACUCCCUUUGUGACCUAUCUAGCUAUGGCACCCAGCUAGCCCUGUACAGCUGUCUUGAAUAACUUUCUUGGUUAUAUCCAGCAAUUGUUCCCCUAUAGUUUUAUCUAGAUACAUAACAAGGUGCUACUGGACUCCAGUCUCUGACAAAGUGCUACUGGAUUCAAAUCUUGCUCUUCUACUGCAGACAAACAUGGCUAACUACCUGAAAAUAUACCACACUGGCUUUGAUACCUUGGAGAAGUUGUAGAACCCCUUUGUUUUGUAAUAAAAUGGAUAUUUUCCACCCUC